UUCAUCUCGGUGCAAAUAAACAUGAUAGGGCUUUAGCUGAGAAGGAAGAGGCGGGACCUGGGUGUUGAGUUUCAGACCCGGCCACCUGGAAAGUUGCAUUUAAGGAGCAGCUCUAAGAAGCCAGUGUCACUAGAGCCAACCUCCACUCAGAGCUAUGGAAAGCAGGAUUCGACCACUCAGCCUAUCCCCGCACGGCACCUCUCCUCUGGGUAGCCUCUCAAUGCCCUCCUCUCUACUCCGACCUCCUCCUCUCUUUCUCCGGGCCUGUAACCCCACUUUGGAAAGGGGUUACCCGCGUACACCCAAGUGCGCCCGGUGUAGGAACCAUGGCGUAGUUUCGGCUCUCAAAGGCCAUAAGCGUUUUUGUCGCUGGAGGGAUUGCGUGUGCGCCAAGUGUACCCUGAUUGCGGAGAGGCAGAGGGUGAUGGCUGCGCAGGUUGCACUACGAAGACAGCAAGCCCAAGAGGAGAACGAGGCCCGCGAGCUGAGAAUGAUGUAUCCAGGAGGGGCAGGGAUUGUUGGGGAGAGUGGGGUACCUCAGGGCUCCGCAGUGGGGCCGUCUACACCUUCACCAGCUGCUCAAACUCCUCCUGGAUUUGAAGUUUUUGCCACAGAAAACCAAAACGAAGAUGCCAAGCUGAACACGUUUCCCCUUUAUAGUGGAUUCAUGGGCCACCCUAUGUUUGCACCUCACUCCUCUGGACUCCCAUCUACCCAUGAUAAAGAGUUAUCACCAAACCAGGACCACUGUGCCUCUCUCAGCGACGACAGCCCAAGCCCACCCCCACGGUAUGACCAGCGCUCGGAGCACUCGGACAGUCCUCGGCGGUCUUCAUCUUCAGAUCUGGAGUCUGGAAACGAGUCUGACAAACCGACUGCUGAGCGGGACCCCACAGACAUCAUGGCCAAAAUCUUCCCUCACCAGAAGCGCGACACUUUGGAGACGACAGUGCGGACUUGCAAGGGGGACAUUGUCAAAUCAAUAGAACUCAUCCUGAGCGCUAAAGAGAACAAAAUCAACCCAGAUCUAGGAGCAGUGAGACCUCCUGCAGGGCUGCCUGGAGCUCUCAAUGCCGUGGGCAAUAAAUCGGCCUUCUCUUCAGUGCACAUGCCCCCCACUCCCGCAGGGGGCGACACCGUGUACAGCCUAGGUCCUCGCCUCAGCAUGGGCCCCCUCAGGCUAGCUUACUCCAGCCCUAAUGCGACAGGUGUAGCAGGUUUUAUGUCUCCGUAUGUGACGUCCGGACUUAUGCCGGUGUUUCCCCUGCGCCCUCCACUGGACUCGUACCCAUUCCCAAACAUGAUCCGAGACCUGUCCUAUCUCCAAAGUAAAGAGUCACUAUGCAAUGCUGGUCUAUACACAAGACUAAAUGAUAAGUAAAUACCACUAUAUUAUAUACAUUUC